CUCGCUGUGAGGAUGGAGAAAGCUGUGCUGCUGCUGUUUUGUUGCCUGGUCAUGUCUUUAUCAGGCUCCCCGCUCUACCCAUCCAUUAGGUUUGGCCGAAGGGACACCUCCAUCCUGAUGACGUCGUCUUUAAAGAAUCCAGACGAGCAGCUGGAGGAAGACUCAGGUCCCAGAGAGCCAGCGGGGUUACGCUCGGGACGCCACGCCGACGCCAUCUUCACCAACAGCUACAGGAAGGUCCUGGGACAAAUCUCUGCCAGGAAGUUCCUUCAGACAAUCAUGGGCAAACGCCUGGGAGAUAAAAGUGAGAGCUACAUGAAGCGCCAGUCAGACAUUUACGAAGGGACCUUUAAAGAAGAUCUAACCUCCAUCCAGAGCAACCACAGAUACAGAGGAGUGCACGGGAACAUCAUGAGGCCCAGGUAA